AUAAUGUUUGUUUUUAUAGAGAUAUUGAUUAUAAUAUCUACUAAUUGUAAACCUUCGGCCACAUUUCUGACGAAAAUUCUCUCAAUAGACAAUUACUUUUUAACAGCCGACUUUACUAGUGCACAGCCGAUUAUUUGCGAAAAUCUUGAUGUGCACAAUGAAUAGCUUUCCAUUUCCAAUAUUCAAAAGUGCUAAGGAAAAAUAUUAUUGUACUAAUAGAAAAAAUUACAUCAUAAACUGAGAAAUUAUUUAUUAGUUUAUUUAUUCAAGUAUACAUUUGUUGCGUGCAGUUUUAUCUCAUUUAAUAGUAACACAGGUGUGGCCAAAUUACCACAAAAAUAAGGAAAUCAGAUAUGUGCAAACUCAAUGUUAUUAAUAUAUUUUUAAUUAUCAUAAAAUUUUUCUGUGGUAGGGAAUUAAUUCUGUCUAAAUAAAUGAGAUUGAUUGCCAUUGGGAACGUUACUACUAAUAUAUAAUAUAUACAUAUGUAUGUACAUACUAAGCGAUGUAUCACUUACAUUCAAAGAACGUAGAAAUUAAAUAUAAUUUAUGUGGAUAAAAUAUAGAUAGUUACCGCAGCACUGUGUAUAAUUAAAGUUUUAAUUUAGCCAAGAUCCCAUUUCACUUUAGCAUCAUGUGAUCAAUAGAAUGAUAACAAAAUCAGUUAACUCUCUGCAGUCGUCACUCACUGAGUGAGUGGAUCAAUUUGUGCUUAAAUUAAUAAUCAGAAAUAAUAUUAUAAUUGACAGUAUUGUUUUAGAGUGCAGAGUGGUUUAUUCUCAAUUAUAUUUUACGCUUACGGAUUUCGUACUACGACGCUGUACAAAGGCAAAGAAUUGUACCUGAUAAAGAUUACGAUGUAGCAUGACAAUUAAAAUUUAGUAUUAUUAAAUAUUCAUUAGCAUUUUAACAAUUCUACAGCGCUCAUCAACGCUCAAUGAAAAUUGGUCGAGUAUAUUUUUGUACUUAACUAUUUUCUAUUGGCUAUAUAUGUAUAAAGCUGGUUACAUUCCAAGGAUAUUCGACUAAAUUUUCUUCGUAAUAUUCAUAUCAAGAACCAAAAGAUAGUUAUGUAUACUUCACAUUCAGACAAAAGAACAUCAGGGAUUUAUGAAAUCACCCAAGCUUCAACCAUCAUUGAAUCUAUUGCCGAAGAGAGCCAACUUCAAACAGAAACUAGUUUUUUCUAUAGACUUAAUGCUCGAAUACCUGCUCGUUUGGUACUUUACUUUUUAUCAUGGUCUGGCUUUUUGGUUUCAUUUAUGAUGCGCAACGAUAUAAACUUUGCUCUGGUGGCAAUGGUGCGUCCAUCGGACGUGUCGAGUUUCUUAAGCACUUCUAAUUCGAGCAGCAAAUUAUUUAGCUUCGCUGAUAAAAAUGAAACAAGCAAACAACUUUUUUUCAAUAAUGACAAUACGAAUAUAUCUGUGAUAAACUCAACAAUGAACUCCGAAGACAAUGACGAUUUAUAUGAUUGGUCUCCAUCGGUGAAAUCAAUAGUUGUGAGCUCGUUUUACUGGUGCUAUGUAUUGUCACAAGUUGUCGGUGGGAUUGCUACACAAUACUUUGGUACAAAACAAGUAUUUGGGUGGUCUCAAUUUGCUACAGCAUUAUGUAGUUUAUGCAUUCCCUUCGGGGCUGACCUACACUAUUCCGCUGUGAUAGUAUUACGAUCUGUGCAAGGAUUCGCUUCUGGCUUAACAUGGCCAGCUAUGUACGCAAUAGUUGGCUAUUGGAUACCGUUAGCCGAACGGUCCCGGUUUAUGUCUAGCUUUCAAGGCUUUAGCAUAGGUAUCGGCUUAACAUACCCUUUAUGUGGAUUUAUCAUUGAUAACUUCGGCUGGCGUUAUGUCUUUUUUACCACUGGCUCCUUGGGUAUGAUUUGGUGUAUAUUAUGGUAUUACUUAGCAUUUAACACGCCUAAGGAACAUCCACGAAUUUCUGCCCAAGAAAUUGAAUACAUUGAAGUAAGUGUUAGUUCCGAAGCAAAGGAAGCAAUAGGCAUGAAAGUGCCAUGGAAAUCAAUUUUUACUUCUUUGCCUGCGUAUGCAAUUGGCAUAACUACAUUUGGCAGAAUUUGGAUUCAUUAUAUAUUUAUUGUGUGUGGUCCAAAUUUUAUGAAAAAUAUGCUUAAAUUUAAUUAUAAAGCCAACGGUUUUCUCUCCGGCAUGCCUUUUAUAUGCUCCUAUAUUUCGUCUGUUUUAUUUUGCUAUGUUGCGGAUAAAUUGAUGCUAAGUAAUUGGAUGAGUCUCACAAAUGUUCGCAAACUCUUUACCGCAUUGUCACAAGUCGUACCCGGCAUUCUAGUAUACUGGGUUGGAUAUAUUGACAAAAAUAUUGUAUUAUUAUUGAUAGUUUGGUUUGUGGCUGUUACAUUCAUAACAGCCUCAUAUGCUGGUGCAAUGGCUAACAUUGUUGAUAUUGCUCCGAAUUUAGCUGGUCCGGUUCUUGCUUUUUGCCAAACAAUACAUAUGUCAGCAUCAUUUCUUUCUCCGCUGGUAUCGGGUAUAAUUGUCACAAACGAGAGUUCUAUAGAACAGUGGCGUAUAGUAUUUGGUGUUUCAUCGGUAAUUGCAAUAUUAACAUAUGUCGUUUACCAAAUCUAUGGAACUGCUGAAAUUCAGAACUGGAACUACCCACAGUCACGCAACGAUGGUUCUGCAGAAGAAAGCCAAAUCCUUAAUAAGCGGAAAGAGCAUAUACGGAAAGAUGAUUUGUAGACUAUGUAAUGAAAUAUAUGUACUUAACUAACUUACAAUUUUUUAUACAUCGCUUUUGAAUGUGUACUCUUAACAAAUGCAAAAUUUACAAAGGCAUAUAACAAUACUAUGUGUAUGUAUAAGUUGUUUUGCAUUUGUUAAUCACGUGAAGGUCAUAAUAUUAUUUAAAUAAUGGUUGGUUUAUCUAAGUAAUCGAUUGGGAAAUAAGCAAAAAUUACAAGUUAUUAGAAAAAAAAUAAAAUAAAAAUUGAACCAACUCUA